AUGCCGUGGCGCACGCUUGGCGCCCUCCUCUUCGUGGUGUCGACCCUCGUCCUCUGCCAUGUCGUUCGCGCUCCCGCCGUCGAGCCAGAGGCGCUCGAGUCGUCCUUCUGGAACGCCCUCGCCGAAGGAGGGCCGCUCGCCGAAGGCCUCGAAGCCCUGACCCGCAACGACAGGUAUCCCCACCACGACGCCGCGCACGCCUUUGACCCCGCUCCGCUCGACGAACAGGGCCUCUACCACCACCACCACUUCGAUUCCGCCCUGACCAAUCAACCUGCGCCUGUCCCUCCUCCAGCUCCAGAGAGGGCCCAGACUCCCCCCCACAGUCCGGAGUCGCUCGACUCUUCGACGACCUCGUCCAGCUCCGGUUCCAGCGGACGAGCGAUUCCGUUUCGCAAGACCAGGGCUCUGACGCCCGAACAGCUGCUCGUCUCUGCGCCGCUGGCGGACCUCUUCGACCUGGCUCAGCUGCGCGUGUCGACGACCAUCACCUCGCCGAUACCUUGGCUCUACAGCUACGACCAUCCGUCGGCCUUUGUCAUCGCUCCGGGGGUGGCGAACCUCGAACGCAAGCAGCUCUGGCUGAACGGCGUCGGACGGCCGAGGGACCUGUUUGCGGCCACCGACGAGGAGCGCCACCUCGUCAUGCUCAAGUACGUCGCCGACCUGCGCAGCUACUACCAGGGCAGCCCGGCCAGCCGCCAACAUCCGCACUGGGUCGACACCGACGCGCUGCAGCCGCCGUUCGAGCACGAGGUCCAGUACGAGCGCUCGCGCAAGCUCUCCUCGGGCGGCUUUGGCCCGAGGGGGCCCGUCACCGCGUACCUCGUCAACGGCGACAUGCUCGUCACCUUCCGCUCGCUCAGGAAGGCGCCCGAAUACUCGCAGUGGCUGACGGGCUCCGGGUCCCUCUUCCACGUCGUCGCGGUCCACUACCCUCCCGACGUCAGGAUGCCCGCGGUCGAGGUCGGCGUCUUGGCGACGCCCUAUGGCGCCAACCUCCAGAGCGUCCACCAUCCCGCCAUCCACGCUGAUCUGGGCGACAUCGUGCUCCGUAGCCACCCCACCCUCGUCGCGCCGCAUGCACAGGCCGCAGCGAGCGCCCGCAGCGUGAUGACGCUCUCGGAUUCGCCGUGA